AUGUCUGUCAAGAACUUCGCUAGCCAACUCGUCCUGUCCCUUGCCGUCGCUGGUGCGGCUAUGGGUCAGAAUGUAGAGGGACCCGAGUUCAACAAGCCAGAUGCAGGCACCCCGGGCAAGUUCUUUGCGGCUUCGAGCUCUCUACCUGUUGCUGCUAUUCAGCAAGCAGCUGCUAAGGCCAGCGUUGUGCCUGAUCGCGCUACAUACCCUAUCAGCCCAGACUCCAAAGUGAAAUCCACUAUCCACAGCGACUGGGCCAAGUUCAGCGAGGGCGCCUCCUUCUCCUGGGUGGCUGAUAUGGACGUUGACUGUGAUGGCCUUAACCAUGGGUGCAAUGGCAACCCCGAUGGCCAAGAGAACACCAACUGGGGUGCACUAUCCGCCUAUGAGGUGCCCUUCAUCGUCAUCCCCGACCAUUUCCUUCAAGCAAACAAGGGCGCCCUCAAGGGCAACAACGUCGCUGCCGUGAUCUGCAACGGUAAGAUGUACUACGGUAUCCUCGGCGACUCCAACGGAGACGAUCCACAGGUCACCGGCGAAGCCUCCUGGGUCAUGGCCAGAACCUGUUUCCCCGAGGAAAACCUGAGCGGUAACAAGGGCCACACCGCCUCCGAUGUCACCUACAUCGUCUUCACAGGCGACAACGCCGUUCUCCCCAGCAGCGCCCUCAACAAGCACUACAUCACCAACUUCGACACCCUCCGCUCAAUGGGUGACAAGCUCGUGAGCGCGCUCGCUUCCAAGCUCGGCCUCUCCGGCGGCGGCGGCACCAACCCCCCGACAACUAUGACAACCACAACUAUCACCCCCCAGCCAACAGGUUCCUGCUCCUGGCCUGGACACUGCGCCGGUGCCAGCUGCUCCACCAACGACGACUGCUCCGACGAACUUGCCUGCAAGAACGGAAAAUGCACCACCGGUGGGGACGCAGAGACCUGUACCUGGGAAGGACACUGCAAGGGGGCUUCUUGCUCGAGCAACGAUGGCUGCUCGGAUGAACUUGCUUGCAUCAGCGGUGUAUGCUCUAUUGAUAGCGGGGCCAAGCCCUGUUCUUGGGAAGGCCAUUGUCAGGGUGCUUCUUGCUCUACGGACGAUGAUUGCUCUGAUGAGUUGGCUUGUCGGAGCGGAAAAUGCUCUUCCACGUAA